AUGGCGCAAAACUUGCCAUCUCAGAAAAUACACACUACAGAAAUCACAGCUGUUACUAUCUCUCAGGAUGGCAAAUUUAUCACUAGUUUUAGUAAAUUAGAUGAGAUAGUUGCAUUAUGGAAUUAUCCUACUGGCUUAAAUACUCCCGUCACUCUCGAACUGAAUUAUCUUAAAAAAAAUAAAAAGGUUGAUAUUAAAAUGAUAAUUGAUACCAAAAAUAAAGUUACUUGCGAGUUUGAUCUGACCAUGUCUAAGAAGCUAUUGUAUGAUAAUCACCUGUUUAUUAUCUUAUAUUCAUCAGAAUGUGAUAAGCCCAUGAUUUUGGAUGAUGAAAUGGAAUAUUUUUCACCAGAUUGCUUGAAAGACGUUUUUGGCCGCGCUGAGUUUCUUGCUGAUGGAGAAAUGCUUGUAUUCACUCUCAACCCUUUAACAAAUAAAAACUACGCCAUCUUUCGCCAGUGGGAACCGCAUAACAUUUUUGAUGUAAUUGAUAUUGAUACCGGCAAAUGUUAUUUGCGUAUCAUGCCCGCGCAAGGUGAGACAACGUAUAAAAUUAGCAAUAUGCGUAUUUCAUCUGCAGGUGAUCUCCUUGCUUUUAAGACUAGUUUAGGUGGUUUGCAUGUAUAUGAUUUAUGUUCAGGUUUAGCUGUAAUGAGCAAAAAGUUGAUCUUUCCAUGUGAUUUUCAAUUCGUGAAUGGUGGUAAGAACUUGCUCAUAAUUAACUUUGACAAAAAAAAGGAGCACAUUUUAGCUACAUUAUACAAUGCACGCUCGGGAACAGAAUUGGCACAUGUAGCACUAUCACAAAGUAAUACAAAAAAUGUUCGAAUUAUUAAUGAAGAACAACUUUUAGUUGUUUCAUCUAAUCUUAAUCAUAACAUCCUUAUUGUUGAUGAAUGGAAUUGGAUAAAUAUGUUUCGCAAACAGCCGAUUCAAUACACAGAUGUCUUUACAAGCAAUUACAAGGACGAUCGCGAUUUAAUUACUGGAUAUAAAGUAGAAAAAUACCCAAGUUUUUCACCUUCCGUUAAAUUAGUUAGAGAUUUUCUGGAUGUAAAUGUACCACUGGGAAAGCUUGUACUCGAUGAAAGUUGCAGCGAAUAUGUCAUAAGCAGCCGUUCAUUGCAGAUACGAUUUGCUAGUGGAGUGAAACUAUUUUGCAUAGAUGAACAAAAUAUUAUUUUAGUAUCUUCUCGAAUGAUUAUUUUGUUCUAUGCAAUAGAUAAUGAUAUGCGGAAGUUAGUAUGGAGACCACCACAUUACUUGUUAAAUAUUAAUAAAUUCUCAUACCAGUGUAUCAACGAUUUUUCUAAUGGACGUAUCCUAUGGAUUGAUAUUACUUACGGUGAUAGUAUGAAAAAUUAUUAUACCAUAAUACCUCUAGAUGUAGCCAUAAGUGGCCAUGAUUUACCUGAUGAAUGGAUGCAACACAGUUGUGAAUGCCAGGGGCCAAGGAAAUCCUGCAGCAUAAUCAUUAUAAACCAACAAUUUGGGUUUAAUGGUGAAAACCCUUUAACGAUUGCCAUUCUUGAAUUCAAAAGUGUUGAGAUUCAACAGUUACUUGAUUAUUGCAUGUACCAUUGCAUUCAUGAUGGCCAACCAGGAUUUAUGUCUAUAGUCAUUGAUGCAUUACCAGAACUCGCUAGGCAUUACCCAAAAAUACUGGACAAACUUAUGAAGCAAUGUACCUGCGUUAAGAUUCCACCAAUAAUAUGGAAGUUGAAACCAGAAAAAUACGAUUCAAUUCAUGAAAACCUUUGGGGUGACAAAUUUGACGCGUUUAUUCUUCCUGUAAUUACCGGAUCCUUAAAGCAUGGUGAUAAUGUCGCACCUUCAGAACUUCAAUCUCUUUCAGUCUUGUCCUUAUGGAUUUUCGUUGCUGCGCAGUUACGUGUCUUCAAAGGUAUUGGAGUAAUCAUUGCUGACCCCAAUUUUACAAGCUUUGAUAAUUCUCUCAAAAAUGUCUGGUCAAUGUUUUUAUGUGAUUAUGAUUCUCUAAAACAAUGGACAGAUAAUCGUUUGGUAGACAUAUACAAGAUCGUUUUUUCAUUUAGCACAACAAUUAUCUUAAUGAACAUUCUAAUUGCAAUAUUGAGCGAUACUUAUGAGAAAACAAUCAAUUACGCACGGACUGUAUGGGUCAUAAAACGAGCAGAAAUUAUUAUUGAUAUUGAACUUUCAUGGAUGAUGCCAUCAGAACGUCAAAAUCGGAAUUAUUUUCCGUGGAGUAUUAUUUAUGAAGCUUUUACUGAAGAUGUUGACAAAUGGUCCAAGAAAUCUGAUGCUCCAAUUCCAUGCGAAAUGAAUGAUGAAGUAAAGGAUGUAAUAGCAAAAAUAAGAGAUGAAAUAGAUGAAAUAAAAGAUGAAAUAAUAAAGUUUAAAGAUGAAUUGAAACAAUCCCUCUCUGAAUUUCAGAAAUUUCAUACAAAGGUAGUUGAACAAGAAAUUAAAUAA